CCCACACAGUUUAGAGUUUUUUCUCCAAGAUGGCCGGUCUCACGUGAAUUUUGCACAAAGCUCACUUGUUUUUGUUUUCCUGGUGCCAAACUCACGGAAUACUCCUCCUGAUAGCGCGAAAUGAAACGAUUUGUGCGGACAUAGCUCUUUAAUGAGGAAAACUCAUGCAGUAGAGAGCUGUUUUCAUGUCGGUGCUGAUUUGCCCAUGUAUUGUGGAACAGUCUCACAAGUCCUGUGAAAAAAAGCUGGCCACAGACAUGAGCCCUGAGAAUCAGCUGGGAUUCGAGUUACAAGAGGACGCAAGAAAUCCCAAAACUAAAUCUAAACUAGGCAAAGUAGUCCUCGGAAUUACAGGCGCUGCAGCUGUUGGAAUUGUUCUGGUGACCACGCCAUUUGUAACGCCAGCUUUACGAAAAAUUUGUCUUCCAUACGUACCGGCCACAGAGAGACAAAUUGCUAACAUAUUACGAAUAGGACAAGCUUCCAAGCAUAACGGAUCAACAUUGGUGGACUUGGGGAGUGGGGACGGGAGAGUGGUAAUUGCUGCAGCUAGACAAGGUUACCAAGCUCAUGGUUAUGAACUAAACCACUGGCUGGUUUGGUACUCAAGAUUACAGGCCAGGUUACAGGGACUUCAUCACAAAGCUACAUUUUCAAGAGCUGACUUGUGGAAGGUUAACCUGUCAACAUUUGACACUAUUCUAAUAUUUGGAGUCUCAGAGAUGAUGCCAAAGCUCCAAGAUAAAUUCCAGGAAGAAAUGAAGGAUGAUGCUCAAAUAUUAGCUUGUCGCUUUCCAUUACCAAACUGGAAACCAACAGAUAUGAUUGAGGAAGGAAUUGACAGUGUAUGGUUGUAUCAAAGACCAAAACACUGAAAAGGCAUUUAGAGUAGGAUUGAAGUUUGUAAAUAAAUGGGAAAUCAGAGAGGGGAUGCUUGUGUACUGCUUUAUGUGACAGCUUUGUGAUCAAUAUAAAUUGCCAGACCUGUAAAAUUUACAAGGCAGUUUGCAAGUUAAAAAUUGAACUUGUCACAUUUCUUUAGGUGGUGUCAUUUGAGUAUGCAGAGCUGCUGUUUAUAUUUAAAACACAACCUUUUCGCAAUAAAAUCCAUGUGCACAAGA